AUGAUCUCUGCACAGCACACACACAUAGGAAUUUCUGUGUGGGUUCAAUGCCUGCUGAAAAUGUGACAAAGUGCAUUUCAGAACUCCUACUGUCAUACUGUACCCAGCAGAGAGACUUUAUUCUGGAGGGGAGACACUAACACACUGUGGAGCCAAGCGUUUACUUGUUUGCUGGAGAGGGCUUUAUGAAACCUGAGUUUUGAAGGCAACGGCUCUAGAUCUGGCACGUUCCGUAAAGCAACAACACUUAGAAGCCACCCAGAGCUCCACAGGUACAGGAAUAUCUCACGUCAGAUAUGAUGGCAUGGAGGUGGCAAUCUUUGUUGUUGCUAUGGAUCUUCACUAAUGGUGCCUUGAGUAGACAAUGGGCUGCUUGGAUGCCACAAUCGAUCUCAGCCUUCAGGGAUACCUGCGUGUCCAUUCCAUGCACCUUCAACUACCCUAACGACAUCCGCCCCUCUAUCAUCCACGGUAUCUGGUACUUUAACAGCCCGUACCCCAAGAACUUCCCUCCUGUGGUUUUGAAAACAAAGACCAACACAGCCCACGACAACUACAUGGGCCGCACAAAACUGCUGGGAGAUAUCCAAGAGUUCAACUGCACUCUACAGAUCGAUCGACUAAGCAUGGACCUGCAAGGAAAAUACUACUUCCGGGUAGAUUUGGGAGGAUACAACCAGUACACUUAUUCAGAACAUGCCAACCUCUAUAUGUUGGAUGAGCCAUUUGUAAGCCUACCUCAAGAGAUGGUGUCAGGUUCUGAAGCAGAGUUGACCUGUCGGGUCCCUGACAAUUGUCCUGACAUGAAGCCCUCUGUCAACUGGAUGGAGAUUGAAGGGCUGGAACACCAUUCGGUCUAUGGCAGCCUUGAGGAAAGCAGUUCUACCUGGACACAAGUAUCUACCCUUAAAUUUGUUCCCUCUUACAAAAACAAUGGGCAGAGACUAAGCUGUAAAGUGAGCUUCCCAGGGACGGACAUGGAAUAUAAAGGAUUUGUUACGAUGAAUGUGAAGUAUGCCCCACGCAUUGUUGAUAUCAACUCAUCCUUUGAAACAACAGAGGGCACCCAGGUGGUGUUUGUGUGUGUGGUCGACAGUAACCCGGUGUCCCAAGUUGGGUGGUACAAAGAAGGAGCAUUGAUAAAGGAAGAAGUAACCGGCAACCUGACUCUGGAACUGGACUAUGUGACCUUUAAUCACGACGGGAUUUACAUCUGUGCAGCAGAGAAUGAGUAUGGCAGAACCAACAAAACCAUGGGGCUGGCAGUGAUGUAUCCCCCAUGGAAACCAUCUGUGAAUUCGUCGGCUGUCGCAAUGGAAGGGGAAACAGUGACAAUUCUGUGCAACACGCAGGGAAAUCCAGAUCCCAUUAUCUCCAUUGUGAAGGACAAACAAGUGCUCACUUCUGUGAUCUUCGAGAAUGAGUUGGUGUUGGAGAUCCCGGCCAUCACCCAUGAGCAUGAUGGGGAGUACUGGUGCACGGCCGAAAACCAAUAUGGCCAAAGCAACAGUUCAUUUAACCUCACCGUUGUGUUCUCACCGUUGGUGCUGCCUGAAUCCAAGUGCACCGUAAGCAAGGACACGGUUCAGUGCAUGUGCACAGUCAAAGCCAACCCUGACCCUUUCAUUCUGUUUGAACUUCCUGAAAUGAACCUAACUGUCAGCGAGGGGGAUCCAGAAUUUGUGUACUCUCAGAGGAAUGGGUACAUAGUGAGCAGCAUUCUGACUCUACAGAAGAACAGGGAUCUACCAAAACCCAUACUAUGCUCAGCAAUCAAUCUAUAUGGCAAGAAGGUCCAUGAGCUCCCAUUCCCUGAUACUGAUACCCUAGUAUGGGCAAAGGUUGGACCAGUUGGAGCAGUCGUCGUGUUUGUGAUUUUAGUGGCAGUCGGAGGCUACUUUAUAAAAACGAGAGAGAAAAAGAAUAUCACUGAAAGCUCAAGUUUUAUACAAACAGAAGCAUCUCCAACGUCCUGUAGUGGCAACGGCAAGAAGAAUCUGGGAAAAAUAGAGAACCAAUUUCUCAGCAUUUCAGAAAAAAUCCUACUGAGCAAGAGGCAGCAACCAUCACACGCGGAUACGGACUAUGCAAACAUUGACUUUACAAAGAGGAAUGUAAAAGACAGCUUCACCUCGCCCGAGGAGCUUACCGAAUAUGCCGAAAUUCGGGUCAAAUGACGGGCACUCAUCUAACAGCACAAGCACAACUGCUACUCGCAGCCUGCCACCCCCAAACAGACUACGGAGAAGCCAUUUUUAUUUAUUAUUAGGACAGAUACAUCCUACCCAGAUUAGCUAUUAAAGACUCACAAUAGAACCAUCUACAGAAGAUAGAAUUUGUUUUGCUUUUAAGGUUCCUCCAUGAUUCUUCUCAAACUAAAACAAUGAUCCAUCAUCUCCAGUACAUUUUGGAUUUUUAACAUUCUUUCUAUUGAAAGACCAGCAGUGGUUGCCAAUAUUUUAUUGACAUUGAGCCUACAUAUCCAUGCUGUAGACAUGGGUUUUGGCAGUAUUAGUUUAUCCAGAUGUGAUGAGAUCCUGGCCUACAAAGCUUUGUCCAGGUAUAGAAACGGAGGCACAGUGAGGCUGACCAGCUUGCCUGAAGUCAGCACCCCAAAGCUUUAUUUAGCAGUCCUGAAACUUUGAGGGUUGGCCCAGUAGUCAGGUCCAAAACAGCAGGUGAAGGUCCCAGCCUGAAGCUCAGUAAGGGUAAGAUCUGAGGAGAAUUAGCUGUCCUGGGGACCCCUGAAACUAUAGCAAGGUGACUGUUACCCCAAUGUUUCUAUAUAUCUGUAACCUUGUUGUGAGCUAAGGGUGC